AUCUGAUCUUCAUACCCAGUAUGUUGGGAACUUAUGAGCAACUUCAAUCAAGGGUUUUAACAAUAUGCUCCAGAGCCACUGCCACUCACUGAAGAACUUCUACAAUGUUCCACCACUCUCUGCCAUCGUACAUAGCUCUAAACCUAUAAGCUUUGAAGAUGGAUUUUUUUUACCCAGCAGCUACCAUGGCAGGACCUGGCUCUUGGACAACUUUCAAGAAACCUGCAAUGAAACCAUCAGCUGCAAAGCACCCAACUGUGAACAGGAACGGUGCACAGAGAAUAGCUGUGUGCCAAGUGCCUGCCUCCCCAGAGUUGUCCACACAACUUGCUCUAAUUCCAGGCUCUGUGAAAGGACAACAUGUCAAUCAGGAACUUCUUCUACAGUGUUGGAGUGUGUUUCUCAGCCUUGCCAAUCAGUAAGCAGCCAGCAAAUGGGUUCUGUAGUCCAGAGCUGCCAACCUGUGAGCUACGUGGCAAAGUGUUGUCCACCCAAGACUUCCGUGUCUACGAGUUGCCAAACUCUGGAAUGUGAAUCUAACCAAUACCAGUCUCAGAGCUCUGAAUCCACUUCCUGUAGACCCCUGGUCUAUGUAGCACCAGGGCCACAAUUCCUAGAAUCUUCUUCUAACACUUAUGAACCAGCUUGCUGUGUUACUGGUGGUGUGCAAUUGCCUAGUAAGUGAAGAAUGUGUAGAAUGUGUAGGGGAGAUAAUAUGUUCUAAUUGUGAUGAAUUGAGUCCUGAGAUAUCUAGGAACUUUUAUGUCUCUAAAUAUAAAUUACUGUGCAUGUGUUUGUGCGUGAAUGAACAUAUCUUCUACUGCCUCCAAAGAGAAGAAUUUUUUUUCUCUUUGGGGCAUUUCUGGUGGUGAGCUGCAAUUGAAAAGCAUGUUAACUAUUUUAGGUCACUAGGACGCUACUAUACAGCAAUGAAAGUCACAAUAGGGACUAACAUAAGUACUUAAAAAGUGAAAAAUUACACUUUGGCUACUGGUUAUUAUCGAUGGAAACGCUUAGCAUCGAAUCUGGCUUUUUAACUAAUGUGCUACUAAUAUCAGAAAUCUAUAUAAUAUUGGAAUUUAAGGAGACCUCAAAGCCCAUCUAGUCCUGUGAAUUCUGAUGGGUUCUGCUAUAUCAGAGGUUGUCCAUGGAGUUAAUAACGUCAGAACUACAACUCAAAUCUGUGUCUACUCGUUGUCUAUCCACUAUUUUGUCUGCUGUGUCACAAGACUCUUCUAACUAACUAUGAGAUUUAAUCUAUUGCUUCAAAAGUGCAAGAGAAUUUUGAAUUUGACCUCCAUGGACUUCCUAACCACAUAGUAGCCAGAGACCUUUGAACAUAAUGAGUUCAAGUUUAGCAUACUCGCUACAUUUCUGCUUAUCUUCUUCCUCUUUUCACUAUUCCUUGAGUGUUAUUUGAGUUGAAAAAAUGUUCUUUGUAUUAAAUAAAUUUACUUCUCUUAGAAA